UAUAAUUGAAGCCGCUGCCUUGGAACGUCUCUCUGCCUAUACUUAAAACAAUCUCUUUGGUGUGACUGCCAUGAAAGGGUUUUAUUGGGAGGCCUAUGUUUUCUUCUGAGAGUCUGAAUCUCAGAUAGCUUCAAGCCUUUUCAACCCUUGUAUUCUUACUAUCAUGACAGUGAAAAAAGUAGCAUCUCAUGAGGUUUUUGGUUGCCGGCUAGUUAGCCGGGCCAAAUCGCCGGUUGUCACUGUAAUUCUAUUUGCUCUUCUGAUAUUUUUCAUGUUUGCAGACAGUCUCGUUUCCAACAUAUCGCUGCACUCGGCUGCCUUCGAUGAAAAAAAAGACUCUGAGGUUUUACAGGCUCGAAAAUUUAUAAGAAAAAUCAAGUCGAACGUUUCUGCUGUACAAUUGGAUGUUUCUACACAGAAAAAGAUCAUUAAUGUUGAUAGUGAACAUCAUGAUUCUCUAGUUUCUUCCUCGGUUGUUAGAGAAGAACAGGGAACAGGGAGGUUCCGGAGAAAACUGCCAGAAAAUGAGAUUUUCAGGUCAGACGAAUUGACAAAGAAGUUCCACGGUCGAGUUCUGGAAUUCUUCAACCAAAAGUGUGAAGUUCAAUUCUUCAUGACAUGGAUUUCAACGGUAGGGUCCUUUGGAAGAAGAGAAAUGUUAUCUGUGGAAAGUGUCUUCAAAGCCCAUCCUCAUGGUUGCUUGAUGAUUCUAUCAAGAACCAUGGACUCCGUAAAUGGGUACAGGAUCCUGAAACCGCUGCUUGAUCGUGGCUUCAAAGUGCUUGCAGUUACGCCAGACAUGCCAUUUCUGCUCAAGAAUACACCAGCUGAAGCUUGGUUUGAUGCUAUCAAGAGUGGGAAAAAGGACCCUGGUGAGAUUCCACUGGCUCAGAAUCUUUCUAAUUUAAUGAGACUUGCAGUUUUGUAUAAGUAUGGAGGGGUUUACCUGGACACGGAUUUCAUCGUCCUGAAAAGUUUCAAAGGUCUGAAGAAUACAAUCGGAGCACAAAGUAUCCAUGCCGAGUCCAAGAACUGGACAAGAUUGAACAAUGCAGUUCUGGUCUUUGACAUGAACCAUCCACUCCUAUUCAAGUUCAUAGAGGAAUUCGCUUUAACCUUUGACGGAAACAAAUGGGGACACAAUGGGCCCUACAUGGUUUCCAGGGUAGCUCGCAGAGUAGAAGGAAGACCUGGUUAUAACUUUACCAUCUUGCCACCCAUGGCCUUUUACCCUGUUGAUUGGAUUAAAAUAGGGAGCCUUUUUAAGAUGCCCAAAGCCCGGGCUGACUCAAGAUGGGUUGAAGCUAAGCUGCUACAGCUAACCAGGGAAACUUAUGGAGUACACCUUUGGAACAAGCAAAGUAGCAAAUUAAUGCUUGAACAAGGAAGUGUGAUGGGAAGAUUAAUAUCAGAGAACUGUCUUGUGUAAACUCAUAUAUAGUUCUUAAAAGCAAGAUUUCCAUCCUGAAGAUAGCCAAUUAAAAUAGAUUCUCCUUUGGCAAAACUGCAGGGUAACAAAUUGUAAGUUCCUCCUGUUUUAAGUGUCAAAAUUUUGUAUAGUCUGUUGCUUGAAAAGUCCCCCAAUUACAGGGCUGUGAUUUUUCUUUCUUUCCUAGACUUCCUUUGGUUGUCUGGUUCCAUUUUUUUCUUCUGUAAAUUAAAUAUGAAUUAGAUACAGUGAACGAGAAAAAAGAAAAGAAAUGGUUCUGAAUUUUUCUUUGAUGCAAUUGUAAUUUUAUCUGUAAAGGAUUGCUUA